AUGGAGCCCGGCGGGGACCACCGGAGCCGGAGCAGCGGCGGAAGGGGCUGCCCCGGGCCAGCAGUGGCCUCGGCACGGGGCCGACGGCUGCCGCCCGCCGGAUCGAGCGGCGGCGCGGAGCCAGAGGAGGACGAAGGCGGGCAAGAUCUUCAGCUGGAAGGGGGUGCCUUGGGGUCCUGGGGGAGUGCCCCCCUGCCCUCCUCCAGGGCCAGGGGACCAGCAUCUUCAGGCAGGAAGUAUUCAGACCACUGUGAGGCCCGGGCCUCGAGGCCUGGCAAGAGCCGCAUCUCUGGCCGUGACCACCUGGGCUACUACCACGACCACUGGCGGCUGGAGUACCUGAUGGACUUCAACCCUGCCCGGCACGGCAUGGUGUGCUGCAGCUCCCUGGCCACGCUCAAGCUCAGCACCAUCAAGCGCCACAUCCGCCAGAAGCACCCCUACUCCUUGCACUGGAGUCCCCGGGAGAAGGAAGUCAUCAGCAACAGCUGGGAUGCGCACCUGGGGCUGGGGGCCUGCGGAGAGGCCGAGGGCCUGGGGGUCCAGGGGGCUGAGGAGGAGGAGGAGGAGGAGGAGGAAGAAGAGGAGGAGGAGGGGGCCGGUGUCCCAGCUUGCCCGCCCAAGGGCCCAGGCAAAGCCCCAGCUGGUGGGGGCUGCCGGCGCCAGCGGCGAGGGGGGCCAGUGGCACCCCGGGCUCGGCGUCUGCGCCUCUCAGCCUCCCGGAGGGCCGGGGGCAACAGGGGGCUGGGGGCCCGGCGCCUGGAGAGGAGGCUGAAGGAGUCCCUGCAGAACUGGUUCCGGGCCGAGUGUCUCAUGGACUACGACCCGCGGGGGAACCGGCUGGUGUGCAUGGCCUGUGGCCGGGCACUGCCCAGCCUGCACCUGGACGACAUCCGUGCCCACGUGCUGGAGGUGCACCCCGGCUCCCUGGGGCUCAGCGGCCCCCAGCGCAGUGCCCUGCUGCAGGCCUGGGGGGGCCAGCCCGAGGCGCUGUCUGACCUCACCCAAUCCCCACCAGGCGAUGACCUCGCCCCCCAGGACCUGAACAGAAAGAGCCGAGACUCGGCCUCCGCUGCUGGAGCCCCCUCCUCUCAGGAUCUCAGCCCCCCAGACGUAAAGGAAGAGGCUGGCUGGGUCCAUGAGAGGCCCGGGCCCGCAGAGGCGGAGGAGCUGGAGGAGGUCGAGGGCGAGAGGGCGGGGGUCCCGGGCCGGUUGCUGCGAGGCCGCACCCACCGCCGCCACCCCCAGGAGCGCUGGCGGCUGGAGUACCUCAUGGAGCUGGACGGCGGCCGGCGCGGCCUGGUGUGCGGAGGCUCGUUGGCCUCGCUCAAGAUGAGCACCAUCGAGCGCCACAUCCGCCGGCGCCACCCGGGCUCCACGCGCCUCGGCGGGCCCCUCCAGGCCCUCAUCGCCCGGGAGUGGAGCGAGAAGGCCGCCCACCUGCUGGCCCUGGGGCUACCCCGCCCCGAGUCUCCCCCUGGCCCCGCCGCCCCCCGCACGGCCGCAGCCUCCGAGGAGGGGGGAGGGGACGAGGAGGAGGAGCCAGAGGAGGAGGCGUGGGGUGACGUCCCGCCGUCCCCUGGGGCUCCGCUGGAGCGGCCCGCUGAGGAAGAGGAGGACGAAGAGGACGGCCAGGAGCCCGGGGAACUCGCCUUGCCGCCGCCGCCUCCCCCACCGCCCCGCAGCCGGGAGCAGCGGCGGAACUGCCAGCCGCGCUGGCGGGGCGAGUACCUGAUGGACUACGACGGCAGCCGGCGCGGCCUGAUGUGCAUGGUGUGCGGGGGCGCGUUGGCCACUCUCAAGAUGAGCACCAUCAAGCGCCACAUCCUGCAGGUGCACCCCUUCUCCAUGGACUUCACGCCCGAGGAGCGCCAGACCAUCCUGGAGGCCUACGAGGAGGCGGCGCUGCGCUGCUACGGCCACAAGGGCUUCGCGCCGCCCGCCCCGGCGCCGCGUGACGGCGGCGCGGACCUCAAGUCUGGCGCCGUGUGUCGGGCGUAGCGGCCUCGUGGGUCUCCGGGUCGGGUCGGCCCCGCUCCGCCCUGCCCUGGCUCUCCUGGCCCCCCUUGCUGGGAGACCC